GGGCCCAAGCGGCCGGCCGACUCACACUAAUCAAGUGACUUUUCCUGGAGCAGCCGACAUGGCGAUGUGGCUGCUGAAAUCGUGUAUCCUGUUCCUGGCAGUGGCCAGUUCACAGGCUCGUCUGAUCCCUCCAUUGUCCUUGGAUAUAGAGGAUGUCCAGCUAGAGACGAAAGGCACCUAUUCGCUGAUUAGUCCUCGGGCGGACGACAACAGCGAGGGAAACUAUCGACUUCCAAACAACACAGCCCCAGAAGCCUACCGGGUUGAACUCUGGACAAACGUGCAUAAUGGAACUAGGGAAUUCAACGGAAGUGUCCAGAUUGAUAUUCAGGUUCUGGAGCCUACCACGGAGAUCAAGCUGCACUUCCUGCAGACAUCCGACCACGUGGCCACUAUCAUCAGUCGGGAUCAGACCGAUCCCACUGCGAUCCCACUGACGGUCGCCAACGAGACCCUGCGCCAGUUCCUGAUCCUUACGCGCCCGGAUUCCACGGAACCCUUUGAGGCCAAUACUAACUGGACACUAAGCAUUACUUACAACGGCACGCUGCGAUCGGAUAUGGGUGGCUUCUAUAUAUCCAGCUACACUGGAGUGGACAACCAAGUUCACUACCUAGCCACCACCCAGUUCGAGAGCACCAAUGCCCGGCACGCGUUUCCCUGCUACGACGAACCCGCCAGGAGGGCCAACUUCACCAUCACGCUGCACCACGACCCCUCCUUCACGGCCAUUAGCAACAUGCCCGUAAAUGAGGCUGCUACCAGCUCUGGAGUAACCUCCUUCAACACAAGUCCCAAGAUGUCCACCUACCUCGUGGCCUUCAUCAUCACCGAUUUCGAUUCCACCGGAGGUGAACUUAAUAAUCUUCCGCAGCGCGUCUUCUCGCAGAAGGGCAAGCAGGAUCAGCAGGAGUGGGCCCUAUGGUCGGGAUUAGUUGUGGAGUCAAGCCUGGCUAGCUACUUCGGAGUGCCCUUCCCUCUGCCUAAGCUGGACCAGGCUGGCAUUCCGGAUUUCUCCGCCGGAGCGAUGGAGAACUGGGGCCUGGCCACCUACCGGGAACAGUACAUGUGGUGGACCAAGGAGAACUCAACGAUCAACUUGAAAACUAACAUUGCGAACAUCAUUGGUCACGAGUACGCCCACAUGUGGUUCGGAGACCUCGUUUCCAUCCAAUGGUGGACCUAUCUCUGGCUGAAGGAAGGCUUUGCCACCCUCUUCUCCUACGAGUCCAACGACAUUGCCUUCCCCGAGUGGGACACAUACCAGAUCUACCAUGUCAACGACUACAAUAGCGCUCUUUUAAACGAUGCCUCCACCUCUGCAGUUCCCAUGACCCACUACGUACAGACUCCCACCGAAAUCUCCGGGCGAUACAAUACCUUCUCCUACGCCAAGCCUUCGGCUGUGCUGUAUAUGUUCAAGAAUGCCUGGACUGAUCGGGUCUUCCGAGCGGGGUUGAACAAGUAUCUUACCAAGAACCAGUACACAUCCUGCGACGAGUGGGACCUAUUCGCCGCUCUCCAGGAGUCGGCCGACGAACACGGUCUGUCCUUGCCCACCUCGGUGGACAACAUAUUCAGCAGCUGGUCCCAGAAGGCUGGCUAUCCCCUGCUGACCGUGACUCGAAACUAUGCGACUGGAACCUUUACCGUAAAGCAACAGAGGUAUCUCGCUGUAGACGACUCCAACCAGAUCACCUGGUACGUGCCCAUCAACUUUGCCACCGCCUCCAAUCCAGAUUACAGGAACACGAGCGCCUCGCACUACCUCCUCAAUACGACGGAGGUCGAGAUCUCGGACGUAGCAAUCGCUAGUGAGGACUGGAUCAUUUUCAAUCUGAAGAACGCCUUCUACUAUCGCACCCUGUACGAUCUGGAUAACUAUGACCGCAUUGUCGAUGGCCUUAACAAUAAUCACCACAAGAUUCACGUUCGAAACCGGGCUCAGUUAUUGUACGAUGCAUACAUCUUCGUGACCACCGGUCGCCUGAGCCACAGCGUCCUGCUAAGAUUGCUCACUUACCUGAAGUACGAGGAACAGUACGCUCCCUGGUCCAAUGCCAACACCAUUCUGACAGUCUUCAAUCGCUAUUUGCGAGGCGAUGAAUCCUAUGGCAAUUUCCAGACUUUCGUGCAAGAACUGAUCGAUCCCGUUUUUGAAAAGCUAGGUGUGAACGAGAUCCCCGGGGAACACUAUCUGAACAACUACUUGCGCAUUGUCCUUGUUAGCUUAGCAUGCCAGGUGGGCAGCGUCGAAUGCCAUACGGCGUCAGCCAGGAAGCUCUCCGAGUUCUUGUUCGACGGAAUCGUUAUUGAACCCACCUUGAGGACCCAAGCCUACUGUGCCGGUCUGCGGAAUCCCACCGAUGUGGUGUACGAAAGGGUCAUUUCAGACCUGCUUGCCACCACGGAUGCCACUGACCGCAGCCUGUUCAUCUCCUCACUGGGUUGUUCUCUUCAAGCCUCACAACUGGGUAAUUUCUUGAACCUAUCCUUGGAUACCAGCAAUGGACUGAGCUACUCGCAGCGCACUUCCCUGUUGAACGCAGCUUAUUCCCAGAGCGAGGAUGGUGUCACCGCCAGUCUGGAGUUCCUUGAGUCCAACUGGGAGGCCUACGCGCAGCUAUCUUCAGAUAGCGCAAAGCCCCUGGAUUUGGCUCUGCGUGGCAUUGCCACUUACGUGGUCAGCGAAAAGCAGAAGACCAGGCUUAAUGCCUUGGUUGAAGAAGUUCAGUCUAAGGAAAACGGUUAUCUGCAGGACGAUUUGUCCUCCACCGUCAACUCUAGGAUUCAGUCGAACUUCGAUUGGCUGGACACCAACCGCGACCCUGUGAUCUCCUGGGUUAACAGCCACAUUUCGGGGAGUGGCAGUUCGGGUCUGACGGUGUCUCUCGCCACUGUUUUGAUCAGUGCGAUGGCUUUGCUGCUUUCAAAGCUGUAUUAGAUUAAGUAAUUGUUAAUAUUUCUGAUAAAAAAAAAUCAAUAGCUAAACGAUUUAUGACUUAAAUAUAACUUCCUUACACCAAG